AUGAUUUUUGCCAUUAAUGAGAUCAACAAUAACCCACGGCUGUUGCCCAAUAUCACACUGGGGUUCCAUAUCUUUGACAACCUAUAUAACUCAAGAAGAACGUAUGAGGCCACCCUGGAUCUACUUUUCAAGCAGAAAAAUAAUAUACCAAAUUACAAGUGUGGUAGGAAAGAUGUAUUUUCUGUUACUGGAGGACUCACUUCAGAAUACUCCAUGCAGAUGGCCUCCAUCUUAAGUAACUUCAAAAUUCCACAGCUCCAUGCUUUCCUGGAAAACAUCCGCUUUAACAAUGGAGCUGCCCAGGAAUUCUUUUUUGAGAAGAAGGAUUUGUCCAUUGGAUAUGAUAUCAUCAACUGGGUCACUUUCCCCAAUGAGACCUACCUAAAAGUCUUGGUUGGAAGGGUUUCAUCAAGUCAGAACUUCAGCAUUAUCAAAGAUGCCAUUGUGUGGAAUACAAGAUUGAAGCAGGUGCCACCACAUUCCAUAUGUGUUGAAAGCUGCCAUAUUGGACAGAGCAAGAUAGUUCAAGAAGGCAAACCACUCUGUUGUUAUGACUGCACUGCAUGCUCAGAAAACAUGAUUUCCAACAAGAAGGAUGCAACUCAUUGUGUCAAGUGCCCAGGAGAUCACUAUCCAAAUGAGAACCAUGACCACUGUAUCCCUAAGGUUAUAUCUUUCCUGUCCUAUCAAGAGCCCUUGGGGAUUGUUUUGGUUAGUGUUGCUCUUUCCUUUACUGUGAUCACUUGUUUUGUGAUACAAACCUUCCUAAAGAAUUGGAACACGCCCAUUGUCAAAGCCAAUAACCAGAACCUCAGUUGUGUUCUUCUCAUUUCCAUCCUGUUGUGCUAUCUUUCUUGUUUGCUCUUCAUUGGCAAACCUGGGAAGGUGUCCUGCCUUCUUCGACAAAUGACUUUUGGCAUCAUUUUCUCUGUGGCAGUUUCUUGUGUGUUGGCAAAAACAAUCAUUGUGGUCCUGGCCUUCUUGGCCACAAAGCCAGGCAACAGGAUUAGGACAUGGCUGGGCCAAAAAGUGGCUACUUCCAUUGUUUUUUUCUGCUCCCUCCAACAAGUGUGUAUUUGUAUUGCAUGGUUGUUGUCCUCUCCACCAUUCCCAGAUGUUGACAUGCACUCACAGCCUAGGAAGAUCAUACUGGAAUGCAAUGAAGGUUCCAUCACCAUGUUCUAUUGUGUCUUGGGCUACAUGGGGUUUCUAGCCAUGAUCAGCUUCACUGUUGCUUUCUUAGCCAGAAAAUUGCCUGACACUUUCAAUGAAGCAAAAUUUAUCACCUUCAGCAUGCUGGUGUUUUGCAGUGUUUGGAUCUCCUUUAUCCCAGGUUACCUAAGCACCAAGGGAAAAUAUAUCGUGGCUGUGGAGCUUUUUGCCAUCUUGGCCUCAAAUACUGGGCUAUUGGCUUGCAUCUUCCUCCCCAAAUGUUACAUCAUUAUUUUCAGGGCUGAUUUCAAUACUAAGAUGGUGCUAACAAAAAAGGGAAAUUAUUGA